AUGGCUGACACUGUGUUGCAGAAUGUCCGAAUCAAGCUUGUUGAACUGGCAAAAGGAGACAAGCCAGUGUUUCUUGCUUUGAGAACGACUACCGUUACGCGUACUUCGAUCUUCGAUCGCAAGUUCUAUCUCUCUCGUGAUUGCAAGGGCAAGGAAAUCAGGACUAAGGUAAAGUUCACAACCAAACCCAGUGAGUACUACAGUGACCAACUCACGUACAAGGUGACUCGGAGCACGGUGUUGGUUGUGCAGUACUGCAAGUGCCCGACUUGGGAAGAGAACGGAUACUCGAUCGCACGUCCAACAAGGACUGGGCGAAAAUUCUCGGAGGAACUUUCUUUUGUGCAGCAGAAGCCUCACGUCCAGGACCGAUUCCUCAUUUUGUUUACCCCUGACAAUCUCCACCGUGAAGAAAAGUCCGGUGUGAUUUUGAGUGACGACUAUCAUCCGGGAGUACCCAAAGGAACAUUGAAGCACCACGACGAAGUUUACGGAAUAGAGAGCAGGUUUUACACUGGUUUGUCCCCGCAAGAUCUUGACGAUAUCGCGGUUGCACUGGGUGAAGACGACGAGCCCGAAGAAGAACCGGCGGAACCCGAAACCGAAACCGAAACCGGCUCCAAAUAA